AUGUCUUUCGAUCCUUCUACCAAUGGAAAUACAUCCAGACUUCUUCCUCAGCCCGGAUCGCUGGAGUAUAUAAACAGGCCAAAUCCCGUCGAACCUAGUGACUUCAGCCAUGGCAUUUUUGAUGGAAGUACCCGCGAACUUGACCGGACGACUAACGAGCAGCUACACCCGUUUCUGCUGGGUGACCGACUGCGCCAACGUAAUGAUCUCGGACCAGAUCCAACAAGGUUUGCUAGACGCUCACCUCAUCAGUCGUCUGCGUCUUCGAUCGCUGCCGUACUCAAUGAUGAGACUUCACCUCCUCGAUCAGGCGAGCAUGCGUCCCACAGGCGAGACGUUGAACAGGCAGUCUUCACAUUGCCAAAAUUGCCAACGAAACGACAUGCGAAGCGGCACCGUGUUCCUCCUGUGUUGCAGGGUCUCCAUCAUCCUCCACCCGACGCUGGACUGUUGCCUUCGAUCAGCACAGAAGAGGCACAAGUCUUCCUGUCCACAUCCCGAGGCAGUAAGCCUGCAGCCAAUGCAGCUUCCGCUGACGAGACUACUUCUACUGUUGUUCAGCAGGAGCCUGUGCUAUCUGCUGAAACAACUCAAGGGGCCUCGCAUAAACGUUCCAGACGCAAUUUGUGGACCGAUCAGGAGACGAACAAUCUCCUGGCAGGUGUAUCUAGAUUCGGCAUUGGCAACUGGAAGAGAAUAUUGCUCUGUCCAGACUAUCAGUUCCACAAACGGACCGCCGUAGACCUCAAGGAUAGAUUUAGAGUCUGCCGUCCUGAGGCUUAUGGCGGUGCGAGGAAAACUCGAAAGGCCAAGAGAGUGUCCUCGGAGGAGGCUGCAACCACCAAGACCUCCAAGAGAGCAAAGACAGCAGAGCCAACCCCACCAGAGCCCCCAAAAGAAGACGAACCUCAGCCCGAGCAGGUCAACACUACAGACCAAACUCUAUGGAAAGCACAACGACGACCGAGACGGAACUUUACAAACGAAGAGGACCAAGCUCUACUCAAAGGCUUUCGAGAACAAGGCCCCUCUUGGGUCUCCAUUGCCAAAGAUGAAGCAUUUCGAGAACACGGCAGAACACCAACAGACCUGCGCGAUCGACUUCGAACAAAGUUCCCCGAAAAGUACGCACAAGCCGGCCUAGCAUCUCGACCAACUGUUCCCAAGCCAGCCAAACGGACUCGAGCUACACGAGAAGAGCCAGGAAAGUCUGUAGAGCCAGCACAAACAACCACGCCGACCCCUAUAGUCACGAAGGAUAGUCGACCCAAGCCGCCACUUGAUAGACUAGAAAGAACGACCUCACGGACUGGUCCCGCGUACACUUUGCCUCUACCGAGUAUUGGAGACGACUCUCUGUCCACUUUUGGCUAUCCGGAUGACGACGAGGAUGCAGAUCCGAUCGUGCUGGAUCGCAGUAUCAUGGACUGGGCCAACAGCAAUGUGUCGCAGAUCAAUCGGCAGUCACAUACUCAGGUAGCUGACAGCAGUCAUCCAUUUCCUGGCAUCGAUCCUCUAGUCACGUUGAAGUUGCCCAAACCUGGUUUCUUCUGA